CCCAUUUGUAUUUUUCUAUUUCUGCGGUCAUUUGACAUGCCCGUUUUGCGUGCUCGACUCAAGUGGUUCGCUGUUUGGUUGAAAAGUGAAAUGCUCAAGAAUUUGGCGAGCUCUAAUGGUGAAUAAAAAGUGAAUGCGCCAGUUUGUGAAUUUCAUUUCAAUGCUAUUUGACAAAUUGACAGUCAACAAAUGUAUCAAUCAUCUUGAAGUUCUUGAUAUUGAUAUCUAAUCGAAAGAUAUGGCUGACAACUUCGUGGAAACAUUUGAGUGUUUUAUAUUCGCGAAAAAGUUCCUCAUGCUUCAGUCGUCUAUUAUAAACUAAGUAGUUCAACAUUUUACCAAAAAUAUGUUUGCGGUCAGUUCUUGGGUUUUUUAAAAUGUGACAAACUUUUUCCAAAGUGCCUUGUAAAAUGUAGCAAUUAUGUGAACUUUACUCUGGCCAUAAAAUCUUAUCGCAGCACCGAAAAUUCGUAGCAAACGUGCUCGAGCUAUAAACCAAAUCAAAACUGAAAAACUAAAAACAAGUGAAAAAUAACAGAGUCAGGCAAUGGCUUCAUUAUAAAAUGCAAUGAAAUGGCAACAUUUAUGCCAGCAAAGAACAACAAAUAAAGAAGCAGAAAAGUGUGCUGAUAACUGAUGGCUGCAAACGAAAUGUCAAUAAAUUAAUAUAAAUGAGUGACUCGUGACUGGCGGCUCCACCGAUUCAUUCCGGCCUUUCUCUUGUCGUUAUUGUUGAUCUAGCUGUUGCCAUUACUUUGGUCAAUGUAAUGUAGUGUAUUUUGUACAAUUGUUAUUUGUAUUCCCAAGCAAAUCAUGUGGAAACAAGCAAAGGGGCAGUUCUUUAUUUUCCAAUUUUUUGUUCGGCGUUAUCGACAAAUCGUAUAAGGAAAUACAACACAAUUAUUGGCUGAUAAAACGUUGCUAUAUGCAAGGGGUAUGUGAUUUUUAGAGGCACUGGUCCGCACUUUGUUAGUACUCCAAGUUUGGGGCUGUGAUAAUUGCAAAGCCCCCCAGGCCAAGUAUCGUUGCCGUUGCCCUAGAGCUCUUGGCCAAACAAUGAAAUCCCCCCGCAUAAAUAGAAAACAAUUAGGCAUUUGGCGGCGAUAAGGCCAAGAUGAUAAAAGCCAGCAAGCAUACUGUGACUCAUCGCGAUUCUGUUGGCCGUGAAACAAAAAGCCGAGAAACCAAGAAAUUGGUAGAAAAUGGUAGCAAUUCGCUGUGAGCGGUAAUUAAAGCAGCCAGUUGACGAUGCGCAUCAUUUUUGAACUUUGAAACUUUUGUUCCACAAACAAAUUUAUCAGAUGCAAAGCAAAUGCUGCUUCCCAGUUCUCUGGCACACUUGAUAAACCGAUGUGGUCGUGGUCGUGGUCAACUCGCAUUCUCUGAGCUCCUUUGUUUUUGAUGGCUAACAGAAAAGCUGAUGGCUUACACAAUAUCUGCAGCCAUGGCUCGUUGUCUUUUCACUGCGCACUUCUAGUUUUUGGCAAUAGCAUCCUAGAUACUGGAUUUACUGCUUCCUUUAACUCACUGAAAAUAAAAUCGGAUUUUAUGAGCUAGCUGAUGAAAUCAUCGCAUUGUCUUGCUCAAGAAAACAAUACCUAUUGCCUAAUGCAUGUAUAUAAUCAAAUGUAAAAUCAAAUUAAGCUUCCCGACAUAUCAACGCACUUUGUUAAAGUUUCCUUAAUCAUUCCAAUGCGAUAAGAUAGUUUGUGCAAUACAUAGAUAUAGAACAUUGACUUAAUGCCCGAAUGCCCGAACUAAUCAAUUUAAAGCCAAUAAGUGUUAUACUGACGAAGUAAAUCGAUUCGUAGACCAAUCACAAUCGAAGCAUACGAGUACAUAAUCCGUCACAAUUGCAACCGAACACAACAAAUUUAUAGCCGCAAUUAAAUCCUUGGCCAUAAAUCAGGGAAUAUGGCCGGGGUAAUCAAAGUGUUUAACCCACACGCAGCAAACGAAUCGAGAUAAAUUAGAGCGGGCAAACGAAUACGAAUCAAAGAUAUUAUACAUAAACGGAUACAGAUACCUGGAUACAGAUAUAGAUACAGAUAUCUGGUAUCUGGUAUCCAGUGCAACAUGGCCUGCUUUCCCCGACUUUUCCAUCAUCGCAGCAAAAACAAAUUCACGCCCGCCGAAGAUGAGAACACCGAUACGAUACUCAACACACAAGAUAGUGCCGUGCAAAUUGGCAGGUACAUCCGUCGCGAGGAGAAGCCACUGUACUCGCCCAUCGUCACUCCAAGUGCCAGUGAGGCCAAACUUCAGCGCCUCAGACAGCAGCCGCCCGGCUCACCGUCCGCCCCCGCCUCCACCUCCGCCUCCGCAUCCGCCAGGUGGACCCUGCAGUCGGUUGCCGAAAAUGGCAGCGCAAACAAUGGCGUCCAGGAGCGCAAGUUCCGCACCAACAAGGACAAACUGCCGACGCAGGAUGCAAUUAAUGUCACACGCUCAAGUUCGAAAUUAAAACCAGUCAAAGAGCGUCGGCCCACCGCCCUGCCCACCGAGGUGCCCAGCAUCGAGAUCCAGGAUGUGCAGGAUGCACUGGAUGCAAGGGAUGGCCAGGACUCACUGGAGGAGGGGGUGGUGGCGCUGCAGCCGGGUGCUAAUGCACAUGUCGAUGUCGUCGAUGGCGGCAAGUCAAAACUCAAAGUGAAUGUGAAUGGCAUAAUUGAUGAGGGCGUCGCCCACGACGACGAUGAGGAAGACGACGAUGAUGUCGCCACACCCUCGAGCACCUGCACAGCCACGACACCUGUGACCGGAGGUCCUGUAAAGUUUUUCAUUGGUCACACGCAGGAACUAAGCGCCCAGCAAACGGAUGACACCUUGUCCUGGCAGAGCAGCGAUGCCAACAACAACAGCAGCAGCAGCAGCGCCGCCAAGCUGACAAAUGGCGUCCUGCCACAGGAGCAACAGGAACGGGAACAGGAAAAGGACAGGAAACAGGACUCCUCCAGAGGUAACCUGCAACCACCGCGCGCCAAGAGCUCCAGCAACCUGUCACUCAAUUAUCUGGCCAAAAGCCAGACGGAUAGCCAGCGCCGCCGACGUGUGUCCACGAUGCCCGAUAUUAACAUACCGCCGGCACCGCCACUGCCUCCGGAGCUCCUCGUCCCCGGAACGCCGCUCCAUCUGCGCAAGAAACGGAGCGUGGAGCGACCGCAGCAGGAGCAGCAGCAGCAGCAGCAGCAGCAGGAGCAGGGAAACCAGAAGAGCCAGCAGGAUGCUUCGAAUAGUCAAGAUCAAAUAGCAGGAGCAGAGGAGGGCGGCGAGAGUCAGAAGUCCAGCGAUUCCUCGACACCGAAAACCCAUCGCGUGGAAGGUGGCCUCAUCUAUGUGCGUCCCAAUUUUCCCACACAGGGCGACAUUGAAAUCGAAUCUAUUGCAAAGGACGAAGGCACACGCAAUCUCAUACGAACGGCCAUUGAGCGCAAUGAUUUCCUCAAUAAUCUAAUGGACAAGGAGCGCAAGGAGAUGGUUAUCAAUGCCAUGGCCCCGGCCAGCUACAGGAAGCACAGCCUCAUCAUCCGGGAGCACGAGGAGGGCUCCGAGAUCUAUGUCUCCGCCGAGGGCCAGUACGAUGUCAUCCGUGGUGGCCAACUGGUGGCCAGCUUUGGACCGGCCACCGUCUUCGGUGAACUGGCCAUCCUCUACAAUGCUCCGCGCCAGGCGUCCAUAGAGGCUGCCACCGAUGCACGGGUUUGGAAAAUUGCACGCGAAACCUUCAGGGCCAUCAUGCAAAUCUCUGGGUCCAGGGAACGCGAGGAGAACCUCCAGUUCCUGCGCUCCGCUCCCUUUCUGCAGGAGUUCGACCAGAGUUUGCUGCUCAAAGUCGUGGAUCUUCUGCAGCGGAAAUUCUACGAGACCGACAGCUGCAUUGUCCGCGAAGGAGAGCUGGGCAACGAGUUCUACAUCAUCCGGUGCGGCACGGUGACCAUCAAGAAGCGGGACGACCAGCAGCAGGAGCAGAUUGUGGCCAAUCGAAAGCGCGGCGACUACUUCGGGGAGCAGGCGCUGCUCAAUGCGGAUGUGCGGCAGGCCAGUGUCUAUGCGGAUGCCCCGGGCACCGAGGUGCUCAUGCUGGACAGAGAAGCCUUCAUUAGCUAUCUGGGAACCAUAAAGCAGCUGCGCGAGAAGCCCAGCAGUCAGCGCAGCGAUACGAGUGGUCGCUCCAGCAACAAGUCCCUGGAGUUCGACAACGAGUACUCCCAGGUGGCCAUCUCGGAGCUGAAGAAGAUAGCCACGCUGGGAUGCGGCGCCUUUGGGCGAGUGGAUCUGGUGGCCUACAACCAACAGGCGUUGGCCCUGAAGAUCAUCAAGAAGAUCGAGGUGGUCAAGCAGGAUCAAAUCGAGCACGUUUACAAUGAGAAGAACGUUAUGAUCAAGUGCCGUCAAUCGCCCUUCAUAGUACAACUGUAUCGCACGUACCGCAAUGACAAGUACGUCUACUUCCUAAUGGAGGCGUGCAUGGGCGGUGAUGUAUGGACGGUGAUGUCAAAGCGCCAGUACUUCGAUGAGAAGACGGCUAAAUUUAUAGCGGGCUGUGUCGUCGAGGCCUUCGACUACUUGCACUCCCACCACUUCAUCUACAGGGACUUGAAGCCCGAGAACCUGAUGCUGGGCACGGAUGGCUAUUGCAAACUGGUCGAUUUCGGGUUUGCCAAGUUUGUGCGGCACAAUGAGAAGACCAACACAUUUGCGGGCACACCGGAGUACGUGGCCCCGGAGAUAAUUCUGGAUCGUGGACACGAUCGAGCCGUCGACUAUUGGGCACUGGGCAUUCUCGUAUAUGAACUACUGGUGGGCAAAACCCCCUUCAGGGGCGUCAACCAGAUCAAGAUCUACCAGCAAAUCCUCAGUGGCAUCGAUGUCAUCCACAUGCCGGCGCGCAUACCCAGGUCCGCGCAGCACCUGGUGCGGCAUCUCUGCAAGCAACUGCCGGCGGAGAGGCUGGGUUAUCAGCGCAAGGGAAUCGCGGAUAUCAAACGGCAUAGUUGGUUCGAAAGCCUCGACUGGCAGAGAUUGAAGCAGAAGCAACUGCCGUCCCCCAUCAAGAGACCUUUGAAGAGUUGGACCGACUUGCAGUACUUUGGUCCUUCGGGUGUUGAGAACGACUAUGAGCCACCGGAGGAACUGAGCGGUUGGGAUAAAGACUUUUAGAGCUUUGGAAGAAGUACACUUUGUAUUGUUUCGGAUAUUAGUUAGUAGGAUAAGAACUGUACCCACGCAGCAGCCAUUACAACCUCGUUUUAAUUACUAAGUCUGUAACCAAUUGUUAGCUAUUCUGUACUUAGUUUGUUAGUUAAGCUACUUUUUAAGUAGACCUUAAACAUGAACAAUUAUAUCGCCCAUUUAUAUAAGAACACUA